GGAAUCUGUUCUGAGUACAUCGGAGUAACAUCUGUCUGUGGGGAUAUUUUAGAGUCCAAAAGGAGAAGUGAGAGAGUGGCGCUUGGUAAAUAUCCACUCUGAUGGCGCUCAGGCUGCUAGCAACAAUCUUUCUAACCCUGUGCACCGCAACCCUGCUGACGAUGCUGUAUGUCAGCAAGUCACGUGACCCUGUCAUCCUAGUUCAGCCCGAUCCACUCGAUGUCCAGGAUGAACUACGCGGCACUAAUCAGUGUCUGACAUUGGGUAAACACUCUUGGAAAUAUAAUGUAAAAUACGGGCGGCCAGGGCUGCUGAUAAACCCUUCAAAAGACUCUGACGUGUUGAGAGGGAGCACCACAGACAUCGUCAACAGGAUCUACAACAACAUGUGUCCUGGUUACCAGACCCUGCCUAACGUACAAUUCACUUUCCCAGACAUACUGCUGAUUGUCGACUUUAACCAUCCUGCAUACUACAAUGUCAUUCCCUACCUUGAACUUCUGUACAGGAGAUAUUUUCCUAAUAUUCUCUAUUGUGGUCUGGAACCUGAAACUCUAAAGGAACAGAUUGUGGCUGAGAAACUGGGGUUCCCUAUCUACUAUUUGCAAGCACUGAAAGACAACUGGCAAACAAAGUACGAGUGUAUUCAGCAUGCCAUGAAAAUGUGCGACAGCUUCAGCGGCUACCUACUGAUCGGUGACGACACUCUCAUCAACAUGACGAACUUUCAAAGAACUCCGAAAUAUAAAGCGAUGGUGGGUGAUGAGUUUGUCAAAUCCGGACAAUUCGUGACCACUACUUACUUCCAGUACUCGUGGCAAUGGUGGGGUGUGGAAGGCGGGAGAAGUGCCAUGUUGGGUGUGCUUAACGAGCUCGCCUUUAAAGCGAACCGUGACAAUGACCAUCUUGCACAAGAAUUCCUUAGAAAUUAUUAUUCCUUUGUCAAAUACAGAAACAUCUUUUACUUUAUGCCGAUCGACUUCCUGUACGUCCCCAAACGGCUGUCGUCCAUUUUCCUCUACAUGACGUCAUUGUUUCGGAAAUACAAGGCCAACGUGGAAGUGGCGAUUCCGUUUUUUGUGUGUGGCCUGCAAAACCAAGUGGACGUGCACUUUGUUAGAAUGCUCAGUCUAUGGGGCAACGACAGAGGGACAUCUGUGAUGAGCCGCGCUUACACCAUACAGCAGAAAAAAAGGAGUUUAAACCUGUGCAGAAAAUUGGGGGACUUGACGGGCCAGAUGGAAGCAAUCAAGAAUGAUCUCGAUGGCUGCCAAUCUGCGUACUUCUAAUCUUUCUGCCUCCGUUUCAAUAAUUAUUUCCCUUCACAGUCUAACACCUACGGGCUUUAAAGACCUGCCCUCGACUGGUCCGAAUUUAAGUCGAUUGUGGUAAUAUAGCAGAAAUAUAUUCUGUAAUUUUCAACGACUUUAACACAACAGUUUAUCUAUUAUCUAAUUUCAAAGUUGGUAAUUUGCACCCAUAGUUAGCAAGUCCUGCAAAAUCUCGCCCCUACCCGCGAAUAACGUGUGACGUCACUGGACACCACCGGCUGUGACGUCACACGUUAUUCGCGGGUAGGGGCGAGAUUUUGCAGGACUUGCUAACUAUGGGUGCAAAUUGUCACUGUAGGCGUGUAAUGACCUAAAGGUGAAGGGUUACAUCAGGCUUGUCAGAUGAUCUUUAUUUAUUUUGCUCUAGUAGCGAAGACGAGUUUAACAGGUUGUAUUCCGACAUUGAAAGUAUUAAAACUCACGUGUUUGAGUCUGAGUUUCACAAUACUCAGGUUAGAAUCACCAAAGACACAAUCUUUAGGUAAGAAACGACAAAGAACGACUUCACAAAUACCAUGUGGUAAGCAAUUAUGUUGUGCAUAUGUUCUGUCGUGUAGCGAAUCCAUGUAUCAACCGAAUGAUAAAUUAGAAUAAAAAUUUAAAGUACGAACUUA